UCAAACUAAAGAAAUAAUUAAUAAACUCAUAUUGCAAACCGGAAAGGAACCUUUCGGCAGUCCGAGUUGCCGCACGGACUAUAAAAGAGGUGGCACACAACAUCAGCGAAGACGCAAACUGAAGCAGUGCUUAGCGCAAAAAUAUCCAAUCCCGUGCAAACGAAUCUACAAACGCCAGAGAGGCAGCCGGUUUUUCACCUACGUACCUGCUUACCUUAAAAUCACAAAAUAAAAGAAGAUAAGAGGAAAAGGAAAGUGUGGUUAUUGAGUGAAGUCCAGCAACUCUGGGUAGAUGUCCAACUCCUUCAAGUGGAGAUUGCACAAAGAAGGGGAGAACUUGACAGUGAAAAACCGCCAGUACCAUAAAGCUGGCCAGGAAAAAGUACAGGAGCUUAAAGCUGGAACAGCAGGAGCAAAAACCUGGAAUCCUGGAAAGGAAAAAGAGUGGAGCAUAAAGCAACAUUAAAGCACCAUAAGCAACAUUAAAGGCGCCAUUGGAAACUCCACUUUUCAAAUUCACAAUUAAAGAACCUUAAAAAUAAAAGUAAACAUGGCUAAUCAAGAAGCUGGAAAAUCAGUUGAACAAUUGAAACUUGAAAGAACGACAGCCAAAAGAGUGUUUUCCCGUCUGGUCAACAGUAUAACCCGGUCACAUACAGACAUGUCUGAAGAAGAGCUCAGAGACAAUUUCAACAAACUCAAGGCACUAGGAGAGAACGUCAUGGAGGCAAAUGAUGAGCUGGAAGCUGGCUUUAUUGCAGAUCUCGAAGCAGAGCUGGAAACGGAUGAAGUCAUGUUAACGGAGCAGGAAAAAGCCGACCUGGCAAAAACUACAAAUGAGUGCCAAGAGAAGCUGAAGGAGGUCAAGAGGUUGCUCCAGAAGACUCUUUGGGUCAAUUUUGGAAGUAGUGAAAUGUCUAUAGCACUACAAGCAGCAGAGGCAGCAUGUGAACGCGUCGCUGCUGUGCAACCAAACAUUAACCAGGAAGCGUAUCAAUUCAUGCUGGACCAACUGAAAGGGUUGGUAGGAACAGCAAAGGACACGCAUGGCCGAUGGAAACAGUGGGCCCCACCAGAGGCUCAGGGGGAGCUUCAGAGGCAUGUGAGAGGGCUCGAACUUCACGUCCCCUUGAUGGUCUCCAGAAAGGCUGACUUCAUACAAGCAACCAUAAAGGAGGAUACUGAUAGACAAGCCCAGGUGGGAGCUACAUCUAAUUAUCGCAUACCAACCAUCAAGUUAAAGCCAACAGCCCUCCCCAAGUUUGGUGGCAUCAAACGUGACUUUCACAGGUGGAAAAAGGACUGGGAAGCGCUGCAGAGUCAGGGAGAGCCAACAGGCUCAAAAGAAGUGAAAAAGGUCCAGCUACUAGACAGCCUGGAGGAUAAGAUCACACGAGACCUUCGGCUCACGGCUUACAACACAUCUGAUGACAUCUUCCGUGUGCUAGAGAACCGCUACGGCAACCAAACAUCCAUUGCCAUAGAAAUAGUGGAGGAGAUACAGAAGAUGCCAGCUGUCAAAAGUCACCAGCCACGGAAAAUCGUCGACUUAAUUCAAGCUGUGGAAAAAGCACUUCAAGAUUUGAGUGACCUUGGAGACACAGGUGCUAUAAAAAAUCCCCUUGUGACUAAGUCCAUUGAAAGUAAACUCCCAGAGACACUCAAGAAGGAAUGGCUUGUGUAUGCAGCUGACAAGAGAAACGAUGUGACUUCAAGAAAUCGGUUCGACAGUCUCUUGGCAUUCCUCAAAGACCAGGAGAGCAUAUAUGAACAGCUUGAGCAACUGAAGGAGGAAGAGCCAAGCAAGAGAGAAACCAAGGUGGAGCCGAGAUAUGCCAGAACCAAGUCAACCAAAUCAAGCAACGACCAGGAAGGGUGUGUGGUCUGCAGUGAUGUAAAACACAAGAGGAAGAUCUAUUUUUGCAGACAGUUUCGAGCGCUGAAACUAGCAGAGAAGAGAGCUGCAGUAAAAAGGUUGGGAGCAUGUAAGAGAUGUUUGGAGGUUCAUGGCGAGGGCUCACAGUGCAAACCUGGAUUCCUGUGCAGAAACCAGGACUGCAAGGAUGCAGAUACUCCUGAGCACCACUUCUAUCUGUGCCCCAACGCUGAGGCGAAGAAAAGCAGCGAUGGUCAGAAGAGGAGCAGGUUUGGUCCGGAAGGGGAUAAAGGCAGGAGGAAGUACACAGAGGAGCAGGAGGAUUUCUUCGGGAAACUCUCACCUGAAUUGGCAAACCAAUGCCGAAAUGUGUUUUCCAAUACUGCAUCCAGGGCUUUCAAUACUGUCAAAGACCAACCAAGCCUUUUAGGGGAAAGCGGACUUCAAGAGCUGCCAGUACUGAUGAUGCUUGUCGAGGUCACAGCGAACGCUGUACAGAAAAUUGGAACAUUAAUCGAUUUGGCUUCUGACACCAAUUACAUAACCCACAAGACUGCAAGCAGGCUAAACCUCAAAAAUGAAGAAGUCACACUUGUCGUCCAUGGAGUUGGGGGCAUGGAGGUUCGUGUAGAGACGAAACGAUACCUCCUGAAGAUCAGAGUGAAAACACCAAAAGGCACUCUCAGAGCCCACCAAUUGGUGUGUUAUGGACUUGACAGCAUUGCAGAGAUACACAAACAUGUGGAACCAAAGAAGCUCCAGAGAUUCUUCCCAGAUGCACUGCUGGAUGAACUCCGGAGACCUAAAGAAAUAAGUCUGCUCAUUAGCCACAAAGAAGGUCAACUAGCACCACAGAGGAUCAGAGCUGUUGGAGACCUUGUGCUGUGGGACGGUCCACUGGGGAGAACAGUGGGAGGAACGCAUCCUGAACUCUUCGAAGAACUCACCGUGUCAGCUCACAUGUCGAAGACACACUUCGCAAGGUCGAUGAGGGCAGCGGCUGCAAGAUAUGAGGAACAACUCACCAGCAUGGUCCCAGAGCGUCCGCUGGCAAAUAAUCAAGGCACCAUCCAGCUCUGUGAAUCAAGCACUUCAGCCAUCAACCAAGACUUUUUAAAGUGGUGGAGAUGGGACAGCAUCGGCGCAGGAUGUGAGCCAAAGUGUGGAGGCUGCCGCUGUGGGAACGGUCAGCCGGGUGGCAAAGAAAUGACUCUUGCCGAGGAGCGAGAACUCCAAGUGGUGAAAGAUGGUCUCACCUACGUCACAGGAGACGCCCACAGCAAAGAACCACACUGGCAUACCAGAUAUCCAUGGGUAGAGGACCCAGACUCCCUGCCGAACAAUAAAAGGACCGUGGAGGCCACAUUCCUCAGGACGGAAAAGCAACUGGCCAAAGAACCUGAAUGGAAAGUCGCCUAUACUGCUCAAGUCCAUGACAUGAUAGAUCGGAAAGCUGCAACCAAGUUAUCCAGAGACACAGUGAUCAACUGGCAUGGGCCAGUAUGGUACGUGAGUCACCUCAUUGCUCCAAACCCCCACUCUGUCACAACCCCUGUGAGACUUGUUUGGAACAGUAGUCAAAAGUUCAAAGGUGUGAGCCUGAACGACCUACUGAUGAAAGGCCCGGAUGUCCUCAACCAGAUUCGUGCAGUGCUCCUGAGAUUCAGGGGUGGAGUGCAUGCUGCUCUGGGGGACAUAAAGAAGAUGUACAACUCAGUCUGGCUGGAAGAAAAGGAGAUGCACCUGCAUAGAUUCCUUUGGCGUGAUUCAGAGGACGAAGAGCUGGGGGAAUAUGCAAUCACCAGGGUAAACAUCGGUGACAAGCCAGCAGGAUGCAUCGCACAGCUUGCAAUGCGUGAAACUGCCAACCUCCCACCUUUCACUCACCUCAAAGAGGAACGGCAGGUUAUUCAAGAAGACAGCUACGUUGAUGACAUUCUCACGUCCCACAAUGACUUAGACCAGCUGAAAACCAUCACAGCGAAUGUGCAGCUGAUUCUGAAAGCUGGCGGGUUCGAGCUCAAACCUUGGGUUUAUUCUGAGCAAAGUGGGAGGAAAGAGUGCAGUGACAAGCUGGAAAAGGCUGUGGAAAAGACCAUGGUCUUACCAAACCAGAUGCGAGACGAGGAUAAUAAAGCACUCGGCCUUGGAUACAUGGUAGAAGAGGACAAACUCCAUGUCAUGGUGGGAAUAAACUUCUCAAAGAGAAAGAAAAAGAUGAGACUCGGCCAAAACCUUCUGCAGGAGCAGAUAAGAGCCAAAACACCCAACCCCCUGACUCGGCGAGCACUGCUGAGCCAAGUGUCAGGGCUGUAUGAUCCAGUCGGCCUGGUAACUCCCAUCAAGCAGAAGGGAGCUAUCCUGGUACGUAGGGCAUUCCAGGAAGCAAAGGGUGGAAGUGCACCUGUAAAGGACUCAUGGGAUACAGCGCUCUCAGAUGCACUCAGGGAGGAUGCAAUAAAGCUCUUUGAGGAGUACGGCCAACUUGCCAAAGUCAAGUUCACCAGAGCACUGACUCCCCCAAGCUUUACUGAUGGUCCCCUGGCGAUCACAUUCUCUGAUGGUAGCGAGCAUACUUAUGGAGCAGUGAUGUACCUCCGAUGGAGGUCAGACCAGGGCCCGGUCAUCCGGCUGGUGGAGUCCAAAGCAAAACUGACUCCUUUGGAUCAAGGAGGGGAUGCCGUCAAAGCAGAAAUGUGUGGAGCAGUGUUUGCCUCACGGCUGAAAAAGUACUUUGAACUGCACAGCCGAAUCCAGAUUCAGAGAUGGUACCAUUUUGUUGAUAGCCAGACCAUCCUUGGUGCAAUACAGCGGGAAAGCUAUGGCUAUCAAACAUUCUUCGCAAAUAGGAUCGGGGAGAUUCAAAGCAACACAAAAGUCCAGGAUUGGUGGUGGAUUCCUGGCCCACAAAACAUUGCCGACAUUAUAACAAGAGGAGCCAGCCAUCAAGAUCUCGAUGAGGACUCAGAGUGGCAAAAAGGUCCAAAGUUUCUAAGCUUGCCAGUGGAGGAGUGGCCAAUCACAUCAGCCAAAGAACUCGCAGCCACUGCCAGGGAGAACAUCACAAAACUUCAAAAAAAGGCAUAUGCUGCUGCACUGACCAGAGCUCAGGCUAAGAAGCAGCAAGUGGAACACAAACUGAAACAGGAGGCACAAACAGAGCAAAGGAGGCUACCUGCAGGGUCUGCAAUCCAAACGCUGGUGGAUGUCAGGAGAUACAGCACUCUGAGCCGUCUGGUAAAGACAGUUGCAUGGAUCUGGAGAGCAGCAAAACAGUUUGGCAAAGGAAGUCAAGCCGUGGAGAGUCCAAAGUGGGAGGCAAUCCCCUCCACAGGAGUCAUCUCUGUAAGGGAACGAGAGGAUGCCCUGAGAGACAUUUUCCUUGCAGCGCAAGAAAACACAACCUUCCCUGGCACUACGUUAGACAGGCUUGUGGUCCACAAAGACAAAGACACUGGGCUACUGGUCUGCGGAGGCCGAGUACAAAGCUUCAAGGAAGCUCAAGUUAGCAUCCCCCUCUUACCCUAUGACGCCUGGGUGUCCAAGCUGAUAGCUCGAGAGGCCCACAAUGAAGGUCAUGAGGGAGUAGCUGGAACACUCCUAAAAAUGAGGAGGAAGGCAUGGGUCAUUAAAGGGAGGAGGAUCGCACAAAAAGUUGUUGAUGGUUGCAUGGUCUGCAGGAAAGGAAAAGCAAAGACGUGUCAACAAAUAAUGGCUGACUUGCCGCCAGAAAGGACUGAACCUGCUGCGCCAUUUGAGUUCACAUCAGUUGACCUCUUUGGCCCUUACCAAGUUAAAGAUGACGUCAAGAAAAGAGUGACACUUAAGGUCUGGGGAGUUGUCUUUUGCUGCAUGGCAAGCAGAGCCAUUCACACCGAGCUGGCAAACACCCUGUCAACUGAAAGCUUCCUAAUGGCUUAUCAAAGGUUCACGGCAAUCAGAGGUCAUCCAAGAAAGAUGUGGUCGGACCCAGGCACCAAUUUUAUUGGAGCAAAACCAGUCCUGGAGGAGCUCUACAGGGUUUUGGACCUAGACAAAGCAAACCUUGAAGAGACCGCAGCAAGGAAUGGAACCGAGUGGCAGUGGAAAAUCCAUCCAGCUGAUUCUCCACACAGGAAUGGUGCUGCAGAAGCUGCUGUGCGAAUUGUAAAGAGGGCAUUCCAGAAUCUUGGGAAUGAGGCUUCACUAAGCUACAGUGAGUUCCAGACAACUCUUUACAUCGCAGCCAACCUAGCAAAUGAGCGUCCAAUUGACGCAAGAGUACAGAGCAAAGAGGACUACAUUCAGUAUGUCACACCCAACACUCUCCUACUGGGCCGGGCCUCUCAAAGUGGGGACUUGAAAACCUUUGACUUUCACAACUACCCGUACAAAAGACUGAGAGCUAUGCAGUCGGAGGUGACCAAGUUCUGGAGGAGCUGGAGCCAACUCGCUGGUCCAAACUUAUUUGUCCGAAGCAAAUGGCAUACUGAACAAAGAAAUGUUGCCAUUGGAGAUGUUGUGUGGCUGUGUGACCAGAAUGCACUACGAGGGCAGUUCAAGCUUGGCAGAGUCAUCAGCACGACUCCAGAUGUUAAAGGCGUUGUAAGGGACGUCAAUAUAAGAGUUUUCCCAAGCUACUGUGUCCCUGUCACGAGAGCUCUGAAAGGCAAGUCAAUUCCCAAAAUCAGGAGGGAAAAGAUCCAAGCCACCGUCCUUCACAGGGACGUCAGGCGGCUCGUUGUCCUAUUACCUGCAGAGGAACAGGCAGAAAGUCAAACGCAGCAGGGAAAGGAGAACCAAGUUUGCCUUUGA